AUGCAUUCGAUUGCAUACUGGGCAUGGCUGGCACGUUAUAAGCCCCAGAUCGACUGGUUAGCCAGAUCAGUGAGACGUCGACGCAAGUUCGAUGUCAGUGAAGUGUUUACCCAUCUCUUGGUAUCUCCAAGUGACUGGCCGAACGUCACAGUCGUGGAUCGUGAUUCCACGACGUUGGCGGUGCACAGAGCGAGCGAUGGCCCUCUCUGCACUGCUUGUGCUGUUCUUCGAGACACAAGUGACAGUGACUCCUCGCUACGGAGCGAAGAGGGCGACGAGGACGACGCGGUCGAACAGGGGUUCCCGCGCGUCAUUAAUGCGGUUGAACAGGGGUUCCCGCACGAGAGUGCAGUGGUUGAACCGGGGUUCCCAUCUGCACCUAUUGUGGUCGAGCAGGGGCUCCCACAAGGGCAUUGUGACGACGAGCAAGAGCUCGCCAGCGAGUGUGACGUGGACGGACAGGAGUCCCCACGCGAGAGCAUGAUGGUCGAACCGGGGUUCCCAUCAUCACCCACUGUGGUCGAACCGAGGUUCCCACAUGGGCAUAUUGUGGUCGAGCAGGGGCUCCCACACGAGUACAACGUGGACGGACAGGAGUCCCCACGCGAGAGCAUGAUGGUCGAACUGGGGUUCCCAUCAUCACCCACUGUGGUCGAACCGAGGUUCCCACAUGGGCAUACUGUGGUUGAGCAGGGGCUCCCACACGGGUUUACGGCGGCCGAGCAGGAGCUCCCGCAUUAA